CUCUGCUGAUUUUUUGGAUAUGAUGAUUGUUUCCUUGACUUAACUCCUCUUAGCUCGAGCUGCGGAUGAGCUGCAGAGCUGUUCGGCACAGCAAUUGAUUGGGAGCAAAUACUCAGGCGCGCUAGUUCAAGGACGACGUCUUCGUCGAGGAGUUCAUCGAGGCCCCCUGGCUUCGUCGCAGCACCUCGAGCCGCCCCUCAAGCAGUCCACGCUCUUCGGCCAUGGUUUCACGGCCGUCCGCAAGAGCGUGGCCGAGCCAAAAAAGUAAUGACAUCGGGGGCCGACGAGGCAGGCUCGAGUAGGCGGCCACCCGAUUGCAAUAUGCCUCUGCCAACGUUGCCACCCUCUAUCCACGUGAACAUACCCUGGCCUCUACACGUGGUUCCUUCGCCCUCAUGCUGGGCAAGGUCCAGAUGCUCGAGCUCAACUUCCACCGCUCCUCCCUGGACGUGGUCUGUAUUCAGGAGGGCCGUACUCCGCAGUGUGAUGUCCACGAUGGCGUCACUACCGCAUGUAUGCUGGCUGUGCGGGCUCAGACGGCAGCACCUCCGCCGCCGCUGACCCUGAGCAGCAUGCGACCGAACUCACCGACUACGUCCAUGCAUCUACCCUCAAGUCGUUCGGCUCCGUCAAAGACACCCCGCGUAAGCCCUGUAUAUCACCACCUACGUGGCGCAUUGUCCGUGGUCCAGCCCCGCUGCGCCGCGCUGCCAGCGUUGCUGGGGCACCCGCCGUUCAGGCGCUCCUACAUGCAGCCCUGUGCGCCUGGGCCAGCCUCGUCCCCGGCGCAUUUGUCCCCGGACGGGUCCGUGGCCGACGCGGCGGCCUCGGGUGGCACCCUGGUGCGCGGUGCGGCGAGGCUCGUCGCCAGCUCCACGUCCCCCGCCUCACCUCCACGAUGGCGUGGCGCGCGGCCGCGGCGAUCUUGCGCAUGAUCAAGCCCGCUAUCGCUGAAUAUUGCCGCGUGUUCAUCGAGGCCAAGACCCUUGAAGCGCGCGACGUCCAGGCCAGAGGUGACGCGCGCACCGCGUAUGCCAUCCCUCGUGCCUUCGGCGGUCGCUUCACCACGGACCACUCAUCGCACGCCGUUUUGAGCUUCCUCGAUUAUUGCAAGAUCCGGCAUUUCUGCGCAUUUGUUCUUUACGUGGAUCUGUCCGAGGCGUUCGGUAGGGCGAUCCGUGAACUGGUCCUCGGCAUCCCUCACUACUGCGCCUGCCCGUCCACUUACUUGGCCGGCCUGGGUCUUCGCGCCCAUCAGGUGGAUUGGAUCGUUGAGUUCAUCGCCGUCCACGGGCCCCUCAUGCAGCGGUGGGGUGUUCCCGAAAAGAUCGUGCGCCUUCUCAAGAAUCUGCGCUCCAAGAGUUGGCUUAGCUCCGGCGACGUGGACACUGCGGUCAGCGUGCGCCUUGGGGGUAAACAAGGCUGCAAGCACGGCAGUGCGAUUUUCAACGGAUCGUACUCGGUCGGCCUGCUGCUCCUGAUGGGCGCCCUCCUCAAGGCUGGCGCGACGUUGCGCAUUCAUGACCCUGGCCCCGACUUCGUCUCUCCUGGAGGCGUCCCUGCUGAUCGCCGCCCGCCAGCGGCUGAAGGGGGGGCUGGCUCUGUCCUCCCUGCCUCGCUCGACUCCGCCGUCCCCGUCAUCGACGUGGCGUUUGUGGACGACGAGUGUUUGCUGCUGUGCGCUGAGACCCCCGCCGUCCUAGAUCGGAACAUUGACGUCCUCCUCGGGUCGUUGUGUGGCAUAUUCGACCCGCUGGGCUUCGUAAACAACUGGAAGCCGGGGAAGACGGAAUGCAGCCUCAUCUACAGGGGCCACAACGCAGCCGCCCAUUACGCCGCCAGGAGAAUUGGACCCCGGGGCGCUCUCCAGGUGAAGUUUCCUGGCUCCUCCGGCCACGUCACCGUGGUGCACCAAUGCAAGCACUUGGGGGGCAUCGCCGAGGUCGGAGGCAACAACGUUCACGAAGCUCGGGCCCAGGCGGUGUCGGCAGCAGAGGCGUGCGAGUUUACGGCAACGAGGGCUACCCGCUCCUGGACCGUUGGAGCCUCAUGCAGUCCCUGGUGUUCUCCAGGCUGUUCUUCAACAUAGCUGCUCUGCACGUCCUGAACACCAUGUGCAUGCGAUGCCUGCGCCGCCUUGCUGGCGAAUGUAGGUUCGGCCCGAGUGUGGCUGACGUCGACGUGCGUCGGCUCAUCAAGGCCCCGCCCGUGGAUUGCGUCCUCAUGCGGAAGCGGCUCGCAUAUCUUUGCCGCGUCGUCCGGCGCGGUCCUCCUGAGCUCGGUGCCCUCCUCGCUCAUAGUUGUGACCGCCCCCCAGUCCCUUGGGUUUCGCAGCUUCUGGAUGGCCUCAAGUGCGUUUGGCGCAUGGCCGCCUUGUGCUCCACUCCCAGAUCCGGCAAUUUUUUUUCGGCCCUGGCAGCUUAUAGUACGCGGGCCAGCCCGAUGGUCCCAGGCAUACAAUUGUAUAUACUUUGUCGAGUCUGCGUGCGCCCUAGGGGCGGGCACCGUUCCUUCUCGCGACGCGCCUGUUACAGCUCGCCAGUGCUCCCAGUGCUCCUCUGCAUUUGCCGCGUCUCGAGCUCUGCGCUCCCAUGUGCGCGCGAAGCAUGGUGCCAAGGCACCUCAGCGAAUCUUCUGCUUGCCCGAUGGCGUUUGCCAAAUGCGCAAUACCCAAAUCAGAUCGAGGCUCCGCCUGCUUGCGCACCUGUGCGACAGCAGGCGCACGAAGUGCUGGGGCGCCAUGCGUUCCUCCCCCUCGUCCUUCAAGCGCCUCGCACCCUCCUUGUGUACAGAGCUUGAUUCCUUGGACAUUGUGCAGAGGCGCGACGCUCGUCGCGCCGGUCACUCCCUUGCCCUAGCCGUGGGCCAGGCUUGCACCGCAUCUGGUCGAGCGAUAGGGUGUGCCAGGAGGUGGCAGCUCCUCUUGCUCACCCUCGCGUUUGCCGUUCUCUGCGCGCGGCCUCCGCGUCUGCUUAGCUUUGCAUGUUCGCUUACUUGCGACGGACAUGUUUCAAGCCUCGAGGAAU